AUGACGUUGGUAUGGUUUCUUGGCGGGGGGGAUGGUCUUCGCUACCUAGAUGCCUGGAUAACCUUUUGCAACCUGAAGGUUCGAAUCCCUACUCGACACACAGGGACAAAGAGCACGAUGGCCUCUUCUGGCCCCCCUCCCAACUACUAUGCCAUCCUGGAGAUCCAGGAGUCGGCAACGACACAACAGAUCCGUGACGCCUACAAGAAAGCCGCUCUGAAGACACAUCCCGAUCGCGUCCCCUCCGACUCGCCCGAACGAGCAUCCCGCACGCGCAAGUUCCAGAUCGUCAACGACGCCUACUACACGCUUUCCGACCCUUCGCGACGCCGCGAAUACGACGCCCAGCGAAAGAUCUUUGGCGCGUCGUCCGGGCGCAAGGCACCCGCCGCGGGCGCCGACCCGUCCGAUUCGGACGAAUUUGACGAGGAGGUCCCGCCCCAGGCCGGCGGCGCCAACGCGCAAAACGCUUACUCGUGGGCGUGGAACUACUUCACCGGCAAGAAUGGCGCGGCCGGCAGCAGCGAGGAGCGGCAGAAGACCGAAGAGGCGCAGUUCGGCGACGUCUUUGAGGAGAUGCUGCGCGAGGAGGGCAUGGCUGAGGGCGACGGUACGAACCGCCCGACCGGAACCUUCUGGAGCAUGGUCGGCGGCGCGAGCGGCGGUGCGCUGGGCUUCAUCGUUGCCAACGUGCCGGGUUUGCUGGCCGGGGCAGUAGCCGGGAACAGGCUGGGCGCCAUCCGCGACACCAAGGGGAAGAGUGUCUAUGCUGUUUUCCAGGUCAGUGCGAGCGUGGAUGUGUCGAUUGGGUGA